UGCCUUGAGGUUAAGGACCUCAGUUAAGGACCUCAGCUAACCAGUGAAAUAUGAUCGAAAAAUGGAAGGAUCUAGGAAAACUAAGCUGAAUACUUUGGAGAGGCCUGGUAAAGGGCUGUGGUGAAACAUGAAAAUUUGCUUUUUGAACAGACUUCUCAGUGACUGUGAAGAAGCAAGUCAGCCAAUUGCAUUUAAAGCACCACAAUGUUUAACCACCCCGAUCAUAUGCCUAAACAACCUGUGAGGAGGCUAACAAGGGCAAAGAGUUUUGAGUAGGAAAGAGACUAUUAAUAAUGUGCCUUUAAAAAGAACAGGUGGCUUCCUUGGUUGCUCAGCUAUACAAAAUCUGCCCCUGCAAUGCGGAAGACCCAGGUUCGAUCGCUGGGUCGGGAAGAUCCCCUGGAGAAAGGCGUGGUAACACAUUGCUGUAUUCUUGCCUGGAGAAUCCCCACGGACAGAGGAGCCUGGUGGGCUACAGUCCAUGGGGUCACUAAGAUUAAGACACGACCGAGCGACCAAAACACACAUCAAGAGAACAUCAACAAGGCCUUUUGCAAGCCCUACAAAAUGCCCUUUCUCCCGGGCAGCACCAAGUCACCGGGUCCCCGGGCCUGAUCUCCGGCGCCGCCUGGUCACCCAGGGUCCCUGGAAAGGAGCCACUGCGAUCCCACCCCAAGCCUCAGGGGGCGCUAUUCAGGCGAACACCAUGAAGUUCAACCCCUUCGUGACCUCGGACCGGAGCAAAAACCGCAAACGUCACUUCAAUGCCCCCUCCCACGUGCGCAGGAAAAUCAUGUCGUCUCCACUCUCCAAGGAGCUGCGACAGAAGUACAACGUCCGCUCCAUGCCCAUCCGCAAGGACGACGAGGUCCAGGUGGUUCGAGGACACUACAAAGGUCAGCAAAUUGGCAAGGUAGUCCAGGUGUAUAGAAAGAAAUAUGUCAUCUACAUUGAACGGGUGCAGCGUGAGAAGGCUAAUGGCACAACUGUCCACGUGGGCAUUCACCCAAGCAAGGUGGUCAUCACCAGGCUAAAACUGGACAAAGAUCGGAAGAAAAUUCUUGAACGCAAAGCCAAAUCUCGACAGGUUGGGAAAGAGAAAGGAAAAUAUAAGGAGGAACUUAUUGAGAAAAUGCAGGAAUGAAUAUACCCUGUUGCACAACCGUGGUUUAUCUGUAGGUUUUUUGCCUGGCGUGUAGUCCUUUAAAACUUUUCAAGAUGUCUCUCUCUGGAGUAUUUUAUUUCCUUCCCGUUUUGUUAUUAUUAUUUAUGUGGCUCUGUAAAUCCACUUUUGCUGUUUUGGUUAAUAAUUUUAUGAAUAAAAAUUGGAAAUGCU